GACAGGUUGGCUGCAAGUUCGCAACAAACAAAAUACACGGUUUUUAUUGGACAACAUAGUAAAGUUUACAAUAUGGCAGCGGCGGCUGCGAAUUAUUUUACUUCGGGAUGUAAUACAGUGCCAACCCUGUUAAACAUAUCUGUUUUGUCCAUGGUGGGGCACCUAUCAGAUUAUUUGGAAGCAUUGGACGGUCUACCACCGAAUCUUAAAGAUAAGUUGCUGCAUCUAAUGAGUAAAAGAGGAUUGAUUACAGAUGGGAACAUUCAGAAAGUGGUGCAUUCUGGAGUUCGGAUGCUUGACCUCAGUGAGUCUGAUGUCACUGACCAAGGCUUGCAGUAUGUUAGAAAGUGUAAAGAUUUGAAGAAGAUUGAUCUCAACUCUGCCAAACAGUCCAGGACCAACAUCAGCUCAGAAGGAAUUAUAAGUGUGGUCACCAGUUGUCGACAGCUUCAGAUUAUUUACCUACGGCGCUGUCUGAAUGUGAGUGAUGAUGCUGUUAUUGCCAUAUCUCAGCAGUGUCCACAGCUGAGGCAGCUCAAUAUUGGAGGCUGUCACCUCAUCACUGACAAGUCACUGCAGGCUUUGGGUGAGAACUCUAGGUUCCUAAAAAGUGUCAACUUUUCAAAGACAAGGGUCACAGAUGAAGGUGUCAUAAGCCUAGCCACUGGUGUCUGUUCAGCCACUUUAAAGGAAAUCCACAUGGAUGGUUGUGUACAGCUGACAGAUGAGGCAGUGGAGGCAGUGACCAAUUUCUGUCCAGCUAUUGAUAUCCUUCUGUUUCAUGGGUGCCCACAUAUCACAGACCGUGCCAGACAAGCCAUUGAAGAUCUGUCCCAGCAUGAUGCCCACCUGAAGCAAGUGACCUGGACCAUCUACUAACAUCUGGUAGGGCAGCAACAUUGAUAGUAUUUCCAAGUUGUGAAGACGUAUUAUGUUGGGACAGUAUUUCGAUGAAAUUGUAUGUGUGGAUAUUCAAUAUAAAAGUAUGUUCUCAAACCUUGACAGCUUUCAGAGGAUUCCAUGUGAAAUGUCUUCCUGUACAUGUACUUAGAAUGUAUAUAAUAUGUACAUAAUAAUUUUUAAGAUUAAUAUUUUGUAUAUGUUCUGUAAAUGUUAAAGAUACUUGUGUUCACAAGGUGGAUGAAGUUGAACUACAAAUUAAUAUUUAUUGGUACAUGUAUAUUUUGUUUGUUUUUUAAUGCAAGUUUAAAUGUGUAAGUGUUGAAUUUUUACAGUUUAUCAUUGUGAUAUUUCGCACUUGGUCUAUCAUCAGAUUAGAGCCAGUUGUCAGUUGUGUAUGUUAAAGGAUUGAUUGUAUACAUAUGUGUGCCAUCCGUAUAAGGUUAUUUCAUGUAAAUGAUCAUGACAGAUGUAACCUUUUAUAGGCCAUUGUUGGCCUGGUAAGUGUCAAGUAUUGUAUUCCAUAAAAUGUAUGAA